CCCAAAUCCACUACACUAAGGGUAUUCAGUGACAAACACACCUCAACAUGGCUGACGAAGAGCCCCUUGAGGAGGGUGUCCAGACCGGAUUCCCACACUCUCCCUCCUCCUUCGAUGCCGAUCCCAGAGUGUCAUUUUCGAAACUAGACAAUAAAUUCAUUCUCGAGACCGAAGAGGGCAAUGAGUUCGAAUGGGACACUGCCCUGAGAAGAUGGAUACCAGUGCUGGAUCAGUCACUACUGGAACAACAAGGCGAAAUCUACAAGGUUGCAGGUGUCGACGAAAACGCGAGUACGACGCAAAAGAAGAAGCGAAAACAGCCGAACGACGCUGAGGCUGGUCAGAAGCCCAAGAAGCCUCGAGUCAACACCGCCAUCUAUAUCACCUCGAUACCCCUCGACGCCGACCAAGAAGAAAUCCAGCAGGUAUUUUCCAAGUGUGGCGUCAUUGCGGAAGAGAUCGAUUCGGGGAAACCACGAAUAAGGAUGUACGAAGAUGACAAGGGACAAUUCAAAGGCGAUGCUCUGGUGGUGUACUUCAGACCCGAAUCUGUCGAUCUGGCCAUCCAGAUGAUGGACGAUUCAGAUUUCCGACUCGGAACGGAAGGGCCUAUGGGCAAAAUGAGAGUGCAAGCGGCAGAUUUUUCAUACAAAAGUCAGCAAGAGGCGCCUCCCAAGACAAACAAGAGGGACCAGAAGAAAAUUAUCAAAAGAACGCAGAAGAUGAUGGGGAAAUUGACCGAUUGGGACGAUGAUGACCCUCAGGCGCUGCCGGACACCAGUUCACGGUGGGACAAGGUCGUUAUCCUGAAGCACAUGUUCACACUCGAAGAGCUGGAGGAGGAUCCAGCCGCGAUGCUCGAGAUCAAGGAAGAUAUACGGGAAGAAUGCGCUAAACUCGGACCAGUCACCAAUGUUGUGCUUUUCGACAAGGAAAAAGACGGCGUUGCGAGCGUACGCUUUUCCAACGCUGAAGCAGCAGCAGCCUGUGUUAGGCUCAUGAACGGACGCUGGUUCGAUGAGAGACAACUGGAAGCAUAUAUCUCGACCGGCAACGAGCGGUUCAAGAAGUCGAGUGAUAAGCACGCCGGAGAUGAUGACGAAGAUGAGGAAGAAGGCGGACGGCUCGACAAAUUCGGGUCAUGGCUGGAGCAGGAAGGAUGAUGUCGUCCUCUGCAUUGGCUGUAUAAUGAAUAUCUCGCGUCGUGUAUUGGCGCUGCAAUGAUCUUCAGCUAUAAUAGCCUAUAGGACAAAAGAUGGAUGUUGAUGCUGU